ACUGAGAGUAGCUGCUAUUUCUGAGAGAACGAUUCGUGAGGCCGCCCCUGGCGCGGUUUUCUUUUGCUGUCCUUCCUGCCGGUCCUGGCCGUAUUUCAGCAGCGUGUAGAGCGUGGUCCGUUCUCGCUUACCAGUCCGACUUUCUGCCGACUUGCCUUUCGUUGGCCCAAUAGUUGGCUGUCGAAAGUGCCGGCCCCCGCGCCGGCGCCGGCUGCAGCCGGGUGGGAAGGCUCAAGAUGGCGUGCUUGUUGGAGACCCCAAUCCGCAUGAGCGUUCUCUCGGAAGUAACAGCUAGCAGUCGCCACUAUGUUGACAGGCUAUUUGACCCUGAUCCCCAGAAAGUUCUACAAGGUGUCAUAGACAUGAAAAAUGCUGUAAUUGGAAACAACAAACAGAAAGCCAACCUCAUUGUUUUAGGAGCUGUUCCAAGAUUGCUGUACUUACUUCAGCAAGAAACUUCAAGUACAGAACUGAAAACUGAAUGUGCAGUGGUAUUGGGAAGUCUUGCUAUGGGCACUGAAAACAAUGUCAAGUCUCUACUGGAUUGCCAUAUUAUCCCUGCCUUAUUGCAAGGACUACUGUCCCCAGACCUGAAGUUCAUUGAAGCUUGCCUCCGAUGUCUGCGCACCAUCUUUACCAGUCCUGUCACUCCAGAGGAGCUACUGUAUACAGAUUCCACAGUGAUACCACACCUCAUGGCGCUGCUGGCCAGGUCCCGCUACACCCAGGAGUAUAUCUGUCAGAUCUUCUCACACUGCUGUAAAGGUCCAGAUCAUCAAACAAUCUUAUUUAACCAUGGUGCAGUUCAGAAUAUUGCUCACCUACUAACCUCAGUAUCAUACAAAGUUCGAAUGCAAGCACUGAAAUGCUUCUCAGUUUUAGCUUUUGAAAAUCCCCAGGUAUCGAUGACCCUAGUAAAUGUUUUGGUUGAUGGAGAAUUGUUACCACAAAUUUUUGUGAAGAUGUUACAGAGGGAUAAACCUAUCGAGAUGCAACUCACAUCAGCAAAAUGUUUAACUUACAUGUGUAGAGCUGGAGCAAUUCGGACAGAUGACAACUGUAUUGUAUUAAAGACAUUGCCUUGUUUGGUUCGAAUGUGCAGUAAGGAGAGAUUACUAGAGGAAAGAGUUGAAGGAGCUGAGACACUUGCCUAUCUGAUUGAACCAGAUGUUGAGCUACAGAGAAUUGCUAGCAUAACUGAUCACCUCAUUGCCAUGCUUGCUGAUUAUUUCAAGUAUCCCAGCUCAGUGAGUGCCAUCACUGAUAUUAAAAGGCUUGAUCAUGAUUUAAAGCAUGCUCAUGAACUCCGCCAGGCUGCAUUCAAGCUCUAUGCCUCUCUUGGAGCAAAUGAUGAAGACAUCCGGAAGAAGAUCAUUGAGACUGAAAAUAUGAUGGACCGAAUUGUGACUGGCUUGUCUGAGUCUAGUGUCAAGGUGCGGUUAGCUGCUGUCAGAUGUUUGCACAGUUUAUCUAGAUCUGUGCAGCAGCUUCGAACCAGUUUCCAAGAUCACGCCGUGUGGAAACCUUUAAUGAAGGUUUUACAAAAUGCACCAGAUGAAAUACUAGUGGUAGCAUCUUCCAUGCUAUGUAAUCUUCUUCUUGAGUUUUCUCCAAGCAAAGAGCCAAUUUUAGAAUCAGGAGCUGUAGAGCUACUCUGUGGACUAACCCAAAGUGAAAAUCCUGCUUUACGAGUGAAUGGAAUUUGGGCUUUAAUGAAUAUGGCAUUUCAGGCUGAACAAAAAAUAAAAGCAGAUAUUUUACGAAGCUUGAGUACUGAACAGCUAUUCCGGUUAUUAUCAGAUUCAGAUCUGAAUGUGCUGAUGAAGACAUUAGGACUUCUUAGAAAUCUCCUCUCUACUCGGCCUCAUAUAGAUAAAAUAAUGAGUACUCAUGGAAAGCAAAUUAUGCAAGCCGUCACCCUUAUUCUGGAAGGGGAGCAUAACAUUGAGGUCAAAGAGCAGACAUUGUGCAUCCUAGCCAACAUAGCAGAUGGGACAACAGCAAAAGAACUUAUUAUGACCAAUGAUGACAUCCUGCAGAAAAUUAAGUAUUACAUGGGUCAUUCACAUGUCAAACUGCAGCUUGCUGCGAUGUUUUGUAUAUCAAACCUCAUAUGGAAUGAAGAGGAAGGUUCACAAGAACGCCAAGAUAAGUUACGAGACAUGGGCAUCGUAGAUAUUCUACACAAACUGAGUCAGUCACCAGAUUCGAACCUUUGUGACAAGGCAAAGACGGCACUGCAGCAGUACCUGGCGUGAUGGGAACGCCCUGGCACCUGUGAGCACCCACCUCCUUGUUUAAGGAAGUACAGGAACUAGCCUCAAUUGAUUCCUUCUAUUUUGCACAAGUCACCUUGGACUGCAGGGAGCUGUUUUGCAAAAGCAAUUUGGUAGGCUUAGAUCUCAAAUUCAUCUUGAGAACAUUUUUUGAGGUAGUAAUUUCCUCAGAGGACUAUUGUGUUUUGUUGGGUUUUUUUUUGUUUUUGUUUUUGUUUUUUUCCUGAGCUACCUGGACUCUUUAUUAGAACAAUCAAUCAUUUUCCUUUGGACCUACAAUUUUUUGCCUAUGCUGCAGCCACUUUGUGAGUACGAAUGAAUGUGUCCAUGCACACAUGGGUGUGUGUAUAUGUACGUAUGUGUCCAUGGGUCAGAAUGAAUGGGUGUAUGUGAGGGAUACCUCAAAUUUUUCUUUUCUUAUUUUGUGUGAAAAUCUCUUUUCUACAGAUUUUCCAGGGUUUAAGCAUUGCUUGCUGUAUAAAAAAACUUUACUGAAUUAUAUACAGUUUGAAUGAAAUGUUAUUUUAAAAACAAAACAAUUGUUAAGUGUUCCAUAAAGGUUAUGUUGAAUUUUGGUCAGAUGAAUAUUUGUAAGUAAAGAAUAUAUGCAUUUCUGAACCUCAACUUACAUAGAUUUUCUUUAUAAAAACAAACAAAAAAAAAAGAAGAAAAAGAAAAGUUUGGCUAUAGUUGGCCUGAAAAACAGGCACAAUAAAUGGUGCUGUGCAAAAUAGUAAGCUAGCAUCUUACUGCCGCCAAUAUCAGCAGGAACAGAGCCGCUCUUCAGCCUACUUCAGUAAGCACUCAGGCUUCCAAGGCAGAUGCAGAAGGUGGAGUGGACUGAGGUAAUAAAUUCCCCAUGCUGUUUAAAAACGUCAAAGGGAAGUACAAUUACUGAGAGUGGAAGCCCCACCGUGACUCUCUGGGCUAACCCUGGCAGGAACUGGCACCAAGAACCUCUUACCCUCCCUAACUCCUGUCAUUUGGUGUAGCAGUAUCUGCCAAGACUUAGACCCAGUUGUGGAAUCUUAUCCUCAAACUAAAGUAGGUCAUUACUUCCUGGAAACAGUCCCAUCACCUUGGGCUUCCUGAAACAGCAUAUAUCACUGUGAAACUAAAGAAUGUCCUGUAGACCCAUCUGUAGAAAGAAGCAAAGAAAGGAGGGUUUAGAAAGCUGUUUUUCUCUUUAACUAUACUCAAUAAAUGACCAGUCACUCAGGACUGCUACUUAAGUAUGUUUUGUAAAGUUCAAUUAAAAUUUAGUGCAAGGUGUGGCUAAUAUCUUUCCUGCUUCAAGCCAAAAGCAGUGAAACUUGUGAGAAGGAAAGAGAAUCUCCCCACGAUGACUGACGGUGACUUCUGUUCUUUCUAUAGUGAGUGUUGCCUAACCCUUUUGCCGCUUUUAACUUUGCACCUGUUCUAACAUCUGGGUCAGAUUCAAGGUAUAGUCAACAGGUGUUCUUGACUGUUCAAAGGUAGAUCCAGUCUGCCUUUUCCCUUUGCAAAAAGGUCAAAAGGUCAAAGGCGCUGCAGCCAGGAAGCGAGGUCUGCAUGUAGGAGCUCACCCUGAGGUGUGCCAACGACAGGAUCCCAGACCCACCAGCCACUCCUAAUGGGUCUGCCCAAAUUGCAGCCACCCCAUCCCCAAACGGCACCUUCCCUGGAAGAUUUAAACAAGUUUGAUUGCAAAUGAAUGAUUCUCAAAUGUAUUUAAUGUAGUUUGUCCUGUUCCCAACAUGACCACCCAAGAUUCAAACAAAUUUCCAAGUUAUUUUUUCAGUAUAUCACCAACUUAAAACCUGUCAUGAUAGGAACUUGGGUUUAUGCAGCCAUCAGGGUGCUAAUGUAAAAAGCCAAUUUAAAGGAAAUCUAGUUUAUUCAGAAUAAAGCCUUAUUUAGGCCCACUCAUUGAGAUUUCUAGUACUGAGAAAACAUCCUGGGUUGGCAUUUGUAACACAAAACACUAGAGAGUUGAUAUUCCAAAGUACCAAGCAAAUAUAAAGAAACCAAUAAUGAAUUGCUGAGACAAUCUUGAACCUAAAUAGCAUUAGAAAGCUGAAGGCCCAAUGAAAUAACACUUCCACACUGAACCCCAUGGACAACUCUUGCCUAUGAUUAUAAAUAGAUGGUCAAAGAAAAAGUGUUUUACUAUAAUUAACUUUUCUGACUUGAAUGAAGGAAAUGUAUUUAUUAAAACAGAGCUGUUUGCUGCUUUACACAGGUGCAGUGUUCAGUCAGCAAGGAAGGGGGAGGAAUGGGACUUGGUCUUGUGUCUCCACUCAAGUUCUUAACAAAACUUCUCACUCUCUCUAAUACUGCAUUCUGUUUCUCCUUUUGUGCCCUGAUUGUAACUCAAAAUUUAUGAACUAGAAAAGAAUGUCCAAUUUAAUAAGUUGCAUUUUUUUCCUUAAGCACUUUAUGCAGAACAAUACUGGUAGUGUUUGGAUAAUAUGAUUUUAACACAUGCUAAUAAAAGCCAAGAAAAAUCAUGGCAAC